GAUGGAAACGAUGUCGUGUCGAGUGGCGACAGGUGUCGAGAUGCCGUUGGCUGGAUUUGUUAGGUCAAGCCGCCCCUGGGUGACGAUGAGUUGAGUUGGGUUUGUUUUCUAUGUGGGCCCAGAAUGGCUGUGGACCCCGCGCCUGCUUCAACGGUCCAGAUUGAAUUGCCAUGGCGUUGGGAACAAAGGAUGCGGCUUCGUCUAUCUUCUUCAAAUCGUAUCCUUCUCCAAAGCUCCAUUUUUUCAGGAAGUCGCCGUCGUCGAUUAGGUUCAACAUUUUCCUCUCAGCUCGUUCAGCUUCGCUGAUUUUUGCUUCGCACAGCCUCGCUCCUGCUCUGCAGACCGCCAGAAAGAAUGGAUUUCGAUUGCAUUCGGGCGUGGAAAGUGUGUCGGUGGAAGAGAAAGUAGAAAAGGAGAAGAAACCUGACAAUAGGAGGAAGCUUUUUGUGCUGAAUUUGCCGUGGACGUUCUCUGUUGCCGAUAUAAAGAAAGUGUUCGGUGAAUGUGGCACGGUUGCGGAUGUCGAAAUUAUAAAGCAGAAAGAUGGGAAGAAUAGAGGAUUUGCAUUUGUGACAAUGUCCACUGGGGAAGAAGCUCAGGCUGUGAUUGAGAGAUUUGAUUCUUACGAAUUGGUUGGUAGGAUUAUCAGAGUACAAUUUGCCAAGAGAUUCAAGAGACCUCCUCGACCAGUUCCUGUCGAUACCCCUGCCCCACCACGACAAUCUGGCUACAAACUUUAUGUAUCCAAUCUUCCAUGGAAAGCAAGGUCCAGCAAUCUCCGGGAGUUUUUUUCUUCAAACUUCAACCCUGUUUCAGCCAGGGUUGUGUUUGAUAGUCCUUCUGGAAGAUCGGCUGGAUAUGGAUUUGUGUCCUUUUUAACCAAAGAGGAAGCUGAAUCUGCAAUUUCAUCAUUAGAUGGGAAGGAACUGAUGGGCCGACCAAUUCGUUUGAAAUUAAGCGAAAGGAACACCGAUGCUUCUUCCAACAACGAGGAAGACGAAGCAGAGAACCAACAGCCUGAUGCUCCCGAAGCCAACCAAGAAGAAGUGAUGCAAGAAACAACAGCCUGAUGUGCUUGAUCCCGAUUCAGAAAACCUCGUCGAUCCCCCGGAAAGAUGAAAAAGGAAACUAGAGCUGGAAAUGCAAUGAGAGAGAGAGAGAGAUAGAGAGAGAGAGAGAGGGAGAAACACACACAGACCAGGUAUGGCCUUGUAUCAUACCCUUAUCUUUGGACUUUGUCGGGGAAUUUGUAGUCUAAGUUAUCUCUUUGCGUGAAAAUCACUGAAUUUUAUUUAUGGAUUUUCUUAUAUGUGUACAAAGUCUGUUGAGGAGUGAUGCAUGCGUAACAUGCAUAGCAUGGCUGUCAAUUCUAAUUUAUUAAUAGUUGAGGGGAUUUAUUUAUUAUUUAUUAUUUAUAUA